CACUGUGAGGCAGGUGACCGGCGGGCCAUGGCAGGCCCCAGACUUUGUUUUUCGUUGCUGCUGGCGGCAGCGUUCGCAGGGCGGGCGACAGCCCUAUGGCCCUGGCCCCAUUACAUCCAAACCUCCGGCCAACGCUACGUCUUGUACCCGAACAACUUCCAAUUCCAGUACCAUAGCAGUUCGGCCGCGCAGCCGGGCUGUUCUGUCCUAGAUGAGGCCUUCCAGCGCUACCGUGAGCUGCUCUUCGGUUCUGGGUCUUGGCCCCGUCCUCACCUCUCAGGAAAACAGCAUGUAUUGGAAAAGAAUGUGUUGCUUGUCUCUGUGGUCAUACCUGGAUGUAACCAGUUUCCUUCUUUGGAAUCAGUGGAGAAUUACACCUUGACCAUAAAUGAUGACCAGUGUUUACUCCUCUCUUACAGUGUCUGGGGAGCUCUCCGAGGCCUGGAGACUUUUAGCCAACUUGUUUGGAAAUCUGCUGAGGGCACGUUCUUUAUCAACAAGACAGAGAUUGAGGACUUCCCCCGCUUCCCUCACCGGGGCUUGCUGUUGGAUACGUCUCGCCAUUACCUGCCGCUGUCUAGCAUCCUGGACACUCUGGAUGUCAUGGCAUACAAUAAAUUCAACGUGUUCCACUGGCAUCUGGUAGAUGACCCUUCCUUCCCAUAUGAAAGCUUCACUUUUCCAGAACUCACCAGAAAGGGGUCCUACAACCCUUCCACCCACAUCUACACUGCUCAGGAUGUGAAGGAGGUUAUUGAGUACGCACGACUUCGGGGUAUCCGUGUGCUGGCAGAGUUUGACACCCCUGGCCACACUUUGUCCUGGGGACCAGGUAUCCCUGGAUUAUUGACUCCUUGCUACUCUGGGUCUCAGCCUUCUGGCACCUUUGGACCAGUGAAUCCCAGUCUCAACAAUACCUAUCAGUUCAUGAGCACAUUCUUCUUGGAGGUCAGCUCUGUCUUCCCAGAUUUUUAUCUUCACGUUGGAGGAGAUGAGGUUGAUUUCACCUGCUGGAAAUCCAACCCAGAUAUCCAGGCCUUUAUGAAGGAGAAAGGCUUUGGUGAUGACUUCAAGCAGCUGGAGUCCUUCUACAUCCAGACGCUGUUGGACAUCAUCUCUUCUUAUGGCAGGGGCUACGUGGUGUGGCAGGAGGUGUUUGACAAUAAAGUAAAGGUUCGGCCAGACACAAUCAUACAGGUAUGGCGAGAAGAGGUACCAGUAACCUACAUGAAGGAGAUGGAACUGAUCACCCAGGCCGGCUUCCGGGCCCUGCUCUCUGCCCCCUGGUACCUGAACCGUAUAACGUAUGGCCCUGACUGGAAGGACUUCUACCUAGUGGAGCCCUUAGCAUUUGAAGGUACCCCUGAGCAGAAGGCUCUGGUGAUUGGUGGAGAGGCCUGUAUGUGGGGGGAGUAUGUGGACAGCACAAACCUGGUCCCCAGGCUCUGGCCCAGAGCAGGGGCUGUUGCUGAGAAGCUGUGGAGCAGUGAGUUGGUAUCUGACCUGAAAUUUGCCAGUAAACGUUUGUCAAGCUUCCGCUGUGAGUUGCUGAGGCGAGGUGUCCAGGCCCAGCCCCUCAAUGUAGGCUACUGUGAACAGGAGUUUGAACAAACCUGAGCCAGCAGCCCCAGUCACCGAGGAGGGUGCUGGCCCUAGGAGAGUGGUAGUGGGGCCAGGCUUCCACUGCAUCCCCGCUGGGGGACGGAGCCCCUUGCCCACGUGACCCAUGCCUGGAGAGAAGGAGGCUGGUGCUGGCACUGGUAUCCAAUAAAGAGUGAUGUGGAACUUGGAUUACCUGUGUAAAAAAAAAUGUGAAUGGCCCUAGAGUGAGGGAGCAGCCAGGACUGGCCUUCUGCUCUCGAGAGUGAUAGAGCUCAGCAGGCCCAUCCAGGUUGGGCUCAGUAUCUGCCCCUGGAGGAGCCUUAUAUGCUGAGGGCUGGAAAGGAGAACAGGAGCCUUUGUGCUUCUCUACUCACCCAUGAGUUGACAUCACUCCUCUUCCACCUUCAGACGUAUUCCAGACACCUAUCCCCAUCCUCAGCCUGGUCACUUCACUUCUGCAGGAGUUCUGGACAGUGGAGAAGGCUCCAGACCCAACCUGGUCACAGCAUAGCCCAUCCCCCAGGCACACUCACACGCUUCCCUACCCUCGAGCUAUUCUUCUCCUUUGGGUUUCUUGCUACCUCAGUUUCAUACGGCCAUCAUGUGAAUAUUAUUGAAUACGUAUUGUGGUCUAGACACUGGUAAAGUGUUGAAUUUGAAGGGCUUGUUCUUCAGAGGCCUUGGUCAACUCCAAAAUAACGCAGGCAACCUCUACCCGCCCCCCCCCCCCCCCCCACUUCCACCCAUUUUUAGCCCAAAGCAUCUUCUCAGGGAACAGAUGGCACAGCUGAGGCCAUGAGAACAAAGCCUCCAAGGAGCAAGGAGGUGCAGGUGGCUCAGGAACAGGGUCUUUGCCCAUGUGACCUGCUUUCUUCAGGAGGAAAUGUCCCAUUGUGGGCCCAGACUGCCCCCUGGUGGUUUCAUGUGCAGAAAUGACAGUGUAGCCAGAGGCUGGGGCAAUAGUGGACAGCAGCCAUCUUGGAUAAAGAUGUCUUGACCAUUAUUUGUUAAAUUCUUUGUCUGGUCCUGGGCUGGGAGGACAAUGGAGAGGUCCCAGGCAUUUCUUUCAGAAAGCUUCCAGUGUGGCGGAUAGAGAAUCUUGGGAAAGGCAGGCCUGAGAAGGUAUCUAAAUAAAACUUGGUCCUUAAACACCAUC